GGUCUUGGUAUUCCAGCUAGUUCUUCUACCUGAGGGUCUUUUACAGGGUGAAGACAGCUAGACAGUUCACUGAUCUGUCCAGUCAGGAUGUAUCACUCCCUGAUAUAGGACCUAGAUCACGUCACUGUCAUCUCAGCAGCUCAGCUAAUUCUGGCUGCAACACAUUAAACACAGCACUAAGUGCUUUAGUGCAGGUCUACGGUCAGAGCAGUUUCUACACCUAACCAUUGCAGAAGUUGAGGAAUUUUAGGAUGAAGGAGGAUGGUUGCAUGGUAAGCUGGAUUUUAUGCAUGGCAAUUGCAUGACCCCAAUCAGGACCUGUGUAGGGUUCAGAGUGACUGGCUGUUGCCAUGGCCCAAAACACGCACCUUAACGGCAACCCUGCAGAAAAGGAUGGUGGUGACAAGGAACCUGCUGCCCCCUAUUGUUUGGAAACCCCAUAUGGUUAUCAGAUAGACUUGGACUUCCUCAAGUAUGUCGAUGACAUAGAAAGGGGCAACACCAUCAAGAAGCUGAACAUUCAGAGAAAGCCAAAAGUGACCAGGUCUGUACAACCUCCCCAGCCUGGACACGCUGAAUGGGCUUCUACAGACUCUCUAUCCUCAUCCAACAGUGAUGAAAGCAAGCAGUCACCAGUCUUCUUUGCAACUCGGAAACAGCUAGCCUCCCUAGGCCACAUUGCACAAGUCAGUGAUGCCCCCCAGGCCUUUGUGAACAUUCUUGAGGCCAAGCAGCAGCAGCUGCCUCCACCUUCACCCCAUCUCCCUCGCCACAACCUCCAGGUGGAGAAAACACUAAUGGAGACUCGGAGGCGGCUAGAACAGGAGCGGCUACUCAUGCAGCCACCAGCAACUGAGGUACCCCGUCGGCGUCUGGCCAGUUUCGGGGGAAUGGGCUCCAGUAGCUCCUUGUCAUCCUAUGGUGGCUCAUAUGGGGCAAGCCAAAUCUCACCUAAUUCAAAUUCUCUACAGUAUAAUGGACAUCUGGUCAAUGGUGAAUACAAUCUUUAUGUAACUUCCUCCAUGGGCAGCUCAAUACGUCACAGCCCAUUGAGCUCAGGUAUGACCACACCAGUAACUAACAUCAGUCCCUUGCACCUUCAGAAUAUCCGUGACCAGAUGCUAGUGGCUCUGAAACGACUUAAAGAGCUUGAGGAGCAGGUGAAAACCAUCCCAAUCCUUCAAGUUAAAAUCUCAGUUUUGCAGGAGGAAAAGAGACAGCUGGUGUCGCAGAUAAAGAACUCAAAACUACCUGGGCAGGUACAAUCUGGAGGCUUUCGGAAGCGAUCCUACAGUGUAGGAAGUGCGGACCAAUACGAAACUGUGGCUCAGCUUCAUUCCGGUUCUGAGCUGCAAAUUGUCGAACCCGAAAAUGUAGAACAGAGCUCACAACGGCUACAGGAGUUUCAGCAACUGACAGCCGAGGUACAGGCUUUAGAGAAAAACAUCCAGGACACCAGCAUGGAGUCAGAGCAUGCAUUACAACAAAUACAGCACAGUACAAACCAAAAUGUUUUGCAAAGACAGUGGAGCCGUGAGUGUAAAUCCAUUGCUGUUGGUGCAGAUGAGAACAUGAAUGAUGUAGUAAUCUACAGAAAGUUGCCAGGACAUAGAAAAGAUGUUGCUGUAGGGACUGAGCAGGAAACAAGGAGUGCAGGAGUUGGGGUGACUGAGGCCAUGCUGGGCAUGAGUACUGAGGCCGAGGCUGAAAUAGAACUCCAGCACCAAACCAUUGAGGCCCUCAAGGAGAAGAUCUACAGAUUGGAGGUACAGUUGAAAGAAACCACUCAUGAAAUGGAGAUGGGCAAACUCAAGCUAGAGCUUCAGGUGGCGGGCUCAAGGAAGAAACUGGACAAGGGUUCGCUGGCAAGACCUGAAAUGUACAGCACUUCAGUAGAAGCUAAGGUCUCUACAAUGAGUCAAGGGGUGGGGAACCAUUCAGAAUGUUAUGACAUCAGCACAGGUCAUGUAGCACAAACACACACUGUUGCUGUCUGUUGUAAACCAGAAAUAAGGCAUUUUGCUGUGGGUCCAGAUUUGACAAUGGAUAGAUGGGUUGUACAAGAACAUGUGGAGGUUCAAGAUAAGUGUGUUGGAACAGAGGUUAUAAUGUGCCAUCAGAAAGUGGGGGUAGAAAUAAGUAAGUGUGAGGUGGGAGUCAACACUAAGUUGGCUGAGGAAAGCUUAGACCUUUUAAAGACAAAGCCUGAACUGGUAAAACAAUUCAAGUCCAUUGGCUGUGGAGAUUGCACAGUGCAUGUACCGGUUAAUCCCAUUAAGGAGAUGUUGUCCAGAGGCACAGCUACUGACACUGUGUGUAAAAUGGACACAGCUGUAAUGAUUUUACCAACAGUGUUUUCUCAACAUACGAACACAGAAGUAAAUACUGUAGAUAACUUCACUAACACAGAGAACAUUGUUCUCACUGAUUCUUGCAUUAACACUCAACAAAAUUCUGAAGACAAGCAAACAAGUACAGCACCAUUAGAGACUCGCACUGUUGCAGUUGGUGACGGACUUGUAAAAGAUGUACAAACCACAAUAAAGUCUCGCUCAAUUGCAGUUGGUACCACGGCUCAAGGUGACACUACUGAAAAGGUGACUUGGUCCAAAACCAGAGAAAUUGGGGUUGGACUUACUAGUAUAGAUGAGAACUUUUUGGUUGGUCUUAAGACACGGAGCAUAGCUUGUGGCCCUUUUCAACCCUUAAACCAAGAGGUGGAGAAGAGUGUGGCAGUUGGACAAAUGAUCGCUGCUGAGACUCCCAUUGCUCAAAACAAAGCUGGUACCCACUUUGACUUGGAUCACUAUAUAGAAAGAGUGCAGAAGCUCCUUCAGGAGCAACAGAUGUUGCUGGCUGAGAAUUACAGUGAGUUGGCAGAUGCAUUCGGUCCACCACAACAGUCUCAUUUCAACACCAUCAACAGCGAACUGGUUACCACCUUAUCAUCCAUCAACUCCGUGAUGAAGUAUGGCAGCAUUGAGGAUCUCCCCAACAUGGAACUCCUAAGUCUGCAAGCAGAAUCUGGUAAUGUCAGGAAAGACUUUCAGAAUGCCAGCUCUCAUUUGGUCAGUUCAGAGCUGGAGGUCACUCACACAGAGAGUGUGUGUGCUGAGGGUACAGUGACCCAUGAAGAGAGGGCAGCCACACAAAAGAGCCAUAUGGACCAGCAGAUGUCAACUGCUCUUCAUGGUAGCCAGAACACCCUGAAAUCCAUCAUGAAGAAGAAAGAUGGACGCCAGGGUACGAACAGUACCAAAAAGAACCUGCAAUUUGUUGGUGUGAAUGGAGGGUAUGAGUCAACAUCAAGCGAUGACUCCAGCUCAGAAGAGAGCAGCUCUUCAGGCUCUGAGGGAGAAGAAGAAGAAACAGAGAGGCUGGAAAAAAACAUAAAGGAGAGGAGGAAUGAUCAGUUUAGCAAUGAGAGAGCAGAGGAUGUGAAGAGAGAUGUGGAAACUCCUGGCCAGGAGAACCAGGAGACACGAGAGAGGUACGACUUGAGUGAAAAGAUGUUGUCUGCAUGCUAUGUUCUUAAAACUCACCUGAGUGACCCUAAGGCAUUAUCCAGUAAAGAUGUGAGGACAUGCAUGAACACGGUGCAGCACGAGUGGUUCCGUGUUUCCAGUCAGAAGACGGCGGUGGCUGCCAUGGUGGAGGAUUACCUGAACACUUUCCGUAACAUCUCGCCCACCCUGCUGCAGCACGUGGUCAACAUGGCCGACGGCAAUGGCAACACCGCCUUGCACUACAGUGUCUCCCACUCCAACUUCCACAUCGUCAAGAAGUUGCUGGACGCAGAUGUCUGCAACGUCAAUCAGCAAAACAAGGCAGGCUAUACUCCCAUCAUGCUUGCUGCAUUAGCUGCUGUUGAGGCCCCGAAAGACAUGAGGGUGGUGGAGGAGCUGUUCAGCAAAGGGGACGUCAAUGCAAAAGCCAGCCAGGCUGGUCAGACGGGGCUGAUGCUGGCAGUCAGUCACGGCCGAAUGGACAUGGUGAAGGCACUUUUGGCCUGCGGUGCUGACGUCAACAUCCAGGAUGAUGAGGGUUCCACGGCUCUCAUGUGCGCCAGUGAACAUGGCCAUGUGGAGAUAGUCAAGCUGCUGUUGGCUCAGCCGGGCUGCGAUGCAACACUCCAUGACAAUGAUGAAAGUACUGCUCUGUCCAUUGCUCUGGAAGCUGGACACAAAGACAUUGCAGUGUUGCUGUAUGCCCAUGUCAACUUCUCCAAAGCACAGUCACCAGGAACACCUCGACUUGGGAGGAAGACUUCUCCAAGUCCUACUAGGAGGGGCAUGUUUGAUUAGACAAGCUCUAUACCUCCUUCACUUUUUCUCUGCUGCUAAUUAUAGUUCAUAUAUGCCUAGCAUCCAUAGCCUGCGACUCAUUAAACCCUGGAGAAAGGACUCAUCAUACGCCGAUGCUCCGAAUCCAUCACACACUGUGAAUGGACAUUUAUUCAGCACUUUUCUGCCGUCAGUGUCACGUUCACGUCGUCUACUUCAAAUUUGUCAGUUGGUUUCUUUUUUGCUGCAUCACACCAAAUGGGUUCCACAGUGUAUUUUACGUUGUGCCUGAAAUCACAAACAAUCGAUGCACAUUGGCGUCAACUGGAAAGCUCAAAUCAGUGUAAAUGUUAAGGUUCAUGUUAUUUCUUUCACUGUAUUGUCGACAUAUCCACUGUGUAACUACAGAUUACAUGUAACUACAGAUUUGCUUUUAAUCAGGAAUCAGUUCUACGAUAUCUACGGUGAUCUGAUGUCAAUCUUUAUAUUUUAAUCCUGUGUAUAGGAUUUCAGAUUCACAGCAAAAUGGAUGUCAUAUUCUCAGUGUCCUUGUAGAAAUAGUGUGACAGGCAGGGCUAUAAAAAUUAGACAAUAUUUUAAAUAUUGCCAUAAAUAUCUAGAUUGAACAUAGUCUUUACUUUUAUACAUGACAUUUUUAUUUAAUAAUCACAGUAUUUACCGAUUUAAUAUCACUUUCUAACAAGACAUGAAGUUAUAUAUUUAUCAAUUAAAGCUUUUAUUAAAUAUAUAUGUAUUUUCAUGGUAUGUAAAUGUUUACAAUAUGUGGUUAUCAUAGGUUUGAGUCCUUUUUUGUUAAAUAAAAUUCUAUCAGACUUUAUGGUACUUUUCUCUGAAAUUGGGCUAAAAUUUGUAUCAUUAUUCCAUGUAAUAAAACUCUCUAAAAAUGG